CCUCACUCAGACGCCGUACAGUGCACACCUCUGAUUGGUCAACCCGUGGCUAAUACAAUAGCUCAGACGACGUCCAUCGGAUCAAAGGCAAGAUGAGUCUGAGAAAGCAAACCCCGAGUGACUUUUUGAAGCAGAUAAUUGGGAGACCUGUGGUCGUCAAGCUGAACUCUGGUGUCGAUUACAGAGGUGUCCUGGCCUGCCUGGAUGGAUACAUGAACAUUGCCAUAGAGCAGACGGAAGAGUAUGUCAAUGGGCAGCUCAAGAACAAGUACGGAGACGCUUUUCUAAGAGGAAACAAUGUCCUGUACAUCAGCACCCAGAAGAGGAAAGUGUAGUGAAGAUGAUUCUGUUGUUUCAUUUUUAUUUUCCAGUCUUUGAUGUGUCAGUGGACAGCUGCCCUAUGUUUUUGGUUCUGUAAAGCCUGAAGUCCUGAAGAAUGUUUGUUUGUUUUUGUAAAAGUGGAAUAUGUUAAUAAAUCCUGAGUUUUGAUUUA